UUUUCUUUAUUCAAUUGGUCUUAAGAUUUGCAGGGGGAACACUGAGAAGUCAAAAGAGUUCAUCUUCAAUUCAGAUAAACUAAAAUCUAACAAGCUCAAAUCAAUCCUAAGAAUGUAUUGUUCUUACUCUCUGCAAAUCCCAUUUCCUUCACCAAUUUUUCCUUCUCGAAGAAAGAGCAUUGAAAAGAGACUGCGCAGUCUUCAAAGUCUCUUCUCUUCCAAGGAAGGUCAACAAGAGCUUGACGGUGAUAGGAAUAGUAAAAGUGACGACCAAGUGAUAUUAGUAGAAAGAUAUGGAAAUGGUACUAUUAAGAGAUACAUGCUUGGUGAUGAUUUGCAGAUUCGAUCUUUUCUUGAGAAACAUGAUUCAACAAGUAAUGAGUUCCAGGGCUCGCAUUUAUCGUACCCAAAUUUAUCCUGGUUACCAGGCAUCCUCAAAGAUUUUAUCUUGCCCACUGGUUUCCCAGGAUCAGUUUCCGAUGAUUACUUGCAAUACAUGUUGUUACAGUUUCCUACGAAUGUUACUGGAUGGAUCUGUCACACUCUAGUUACAUCAAGUCUUCUAAAGGCUGUUGGUGUUGGAUCUUUCUCAGGAACUUCAGCUGCUGCUUCUGCUGCUGCCAUUAGAUGGGUGUCCAAAGAUGGCAUUGGAGCUGUUGGGCGCUUGUUCAUUGGUGGCCGAUUUGGAAAUCUCUUUGACGAUAAUCCUAAACAGUGGCGCAUGUAUGCAGACUUCAUUGGCAGUGCUGGAAGUAUAUUUGAUCUAACAACUCAAGCUUAUCCUGCCUAUUUCCUACCGUUGGCUUCUCUUGGGAAUCUUGCUAAGGCAGUGGCAAGAGGACUAAAAGAUCCUUCAUUCCGUGUGAUUCAAAACCAUUUUGCAAGCUCAGGAAAUCUGGGAGAGGUGGCUGCUAAGGAGGAAGUUUGGGAAGUAACUGCUCAGCUGCUCGGUCUUUAUCUUGGCAUACUGAUCCUGGAUACUCCUGACCUUGUAAAAUCAUAUCCAGCGUUGGUGUCGACAUGGGGAAGCAUGCGGCUUCUUCACCUCUGGUUACGUUAUCUGUCACUUUCAGCUCUUCGAUUUAACACAAUAAAUCUUAAGCGUGCACGUAUUCUGGUAAAAUCACAUGUUUUACACUCUAGAGUUCCUGGAUGCAAUGACUGCAAUAGGGAAGAAAAUAUAUUAUCAUGGCAGAGAUUCAUAAGGCCACGGAUUAUUUUUGGUGUGGCAAUGGAGGAGAUAUUAGGUGGUGGGAGAUCCAUUUCCAUGCUGAGGACUCUCCUGAGAAUAUAUGCAAGGGAAAAAUAUAUUCUCAUGGUGAACCAGCAGCGAAAAGAUUUCGAGUUCUUUGUUUCAUUCAAGGCUAGUGCUACAAGCAUAUCAGUCUUGCGUAGCUUGUGGCAAACUUACUGGCUACACGAAAACCUGAAUAUCUCGGAAAAUAUCUUUGAUCCGCUCAUGAAAAGUUUGUCUGAGAUGGAUGAUAGGUUCGAAGAAUUCAUCCAACAGUUGGAUAAUGCUGGAUGGGACACUUAUCGAAUUAAUUUGAGGGUCCCCAAGGAAAUCUCCAUUGAUGAAUGCCAUGUUUGAGUUUCAACACUCAAAAUAUGAUGAUCAAACAGCAUAUUUUCACACUAGGAACCGGAGCUGCCGUGUGCCCGGAAAGGAAAGUGCACUUGGGCAAAACAGACAUGCUCUGCAUGUUGAGUUACCAGGCAGGCAAUGAGCAAAAGUGCCAAGUUUCCCAUGCAGCUGAGGCACUGAGCUACUAUGGCCACCUGCCAUGGUAGGAUCCUUUUGAUGGGGCAAUAAUUCGAGGUUGUACAUUGGGGGGACAGUAUAAAAUUGUUUCCUUUUAUUAUUUUUGUUAUUCUUUACAUUAAAAAGGCACUAGUUUUUUGUUUCAA